GUGGAGGUAGUGGCUGAGCAUGAGCGCAUAGACUCCGCCGAUGAGGAUUAUGUUUACUUUCUGGCCAAGAAGAUCGGCUACAAGGUUUCGGUCCUCCAUGGGAACCGGCGAUGGUGCUUGCCAAAGCUAUCUUAUUCGCCAUAUGUGGAGGCUCCACCUUCGCGAGCGCAACUGUAUCUUGAGAUGGGCCUGAUGCGGCAAGCAGUGUUGAGCACUGUUGGGCUU